AUGUUGUUCGUAUCAAGUUUGUACCUUUAUCUCAACGAUAAACUCAAUGACAAACGUUUAUUUUACAAACCGUCUUUUUUCGUGAAUAAUUCGUCGUCCAAACAAGUAUCAAGAAAUGUGACUAGCACUCUCAAUCGUGAAGACAUUACCAAGAAGCAGUCAACACUGUGGAAAGAAAGAGGAUGUGAAAGUAAGACACCUCUCCUUCUCUGUAACAGAACAGGAGGAGCUGCUAAACAUACGGAGUUUAACGAUAUAUCAAGAGGUAUAGCUCUUGCCAACCAGACUUUGUUCUCAAACUCUAAUGUUCUAGUGGAACGAGCGAGAUCGUGCGCUCUAGUCGGUUCAUCGGGAAGGCUUUUGAGUCAGAGAUAUGCUGAUGAUAUUGACGGACACGACGUUGUCAUACGAAUAAACGACGCUCCAAUUUAUCCUUACGAGAAAUACGUUGGGAGACGUAUGCCUGACGUUGCAAUUGUCAAUUUAGCCGUCUCACGUAAAGGAAAGUGUCUUCGAAAUGUAAACCCUAAAACACUCUUGGUUCAGUGUCAUCAUCCAGGUGGAAUUAGCUCAAUUGGGCGAUUUUGUGCAACACAUGGCCCCGUCUAUGCAUUUUCUCGGCAUCUUAUUAUCACUGCUCACUCUAUUUUGUCAAAGUACAAGGUAAAACAUCGUGUCAAAAGUACGCAGAGUCCAACAGCGGGAAUGUAUGCCGUCAUCUUUUCCUUACAUUUGUGCAAGGAGCUUGAUAUUUACGGGUUUGGUGCCCAGCGAGGACAGUUGUAUGCAUACUACAGAGAUCAUUUCUCGCCCAGCAAACGACAUUAUUUUAGCUUGGAGGAGGAAUUUCUAAAAGAUAUUUCAGACAACCUGACAACACCUGUUGACGUGUCUUGGAUGGGAUGCAACAAAGUGUCUUUCCAUCCCUGA